UUUUCUUUUUUCCCAUUUUUUCCUUCUACCCCUCAUUGUGCCACUUGAGCCUGGAGUAGAUAGAAAGACUGUAGUGGAGCGAAAGUUAGCAAGCAACCGAGAGAAAGACAGAGAGACUGGAGGAAGUCAUGCAGAGUGUGAGGCAGCCCAGCGGCAAUGCUUGAUGAACUGAACUGCUGACCAGUUCUUUCUUCACUUUGACUGAACCUCACAGGGAUCAAGAAAUCAGACGAGAGAUUCCUGAUCUGAAGAGAUCAACUCGUUGUCCUCACUGAGAGGCAGAAAAACCAGGCAAGGACGUGGAGAGGAAAAAGAGAGCAUUAGAGACAAGGAGACAGAGGAGAGUUCUACAAAUGCGAAUUGGAGCAGAGGAGCACAAGGAGAUGCUCAGAGGGACCAGAUAGUGGCAAGAAAAGCAAGACAAGUAGCAAGUGUGCCCACAGAGACCGCUCAAAGAAAGGGCGACGAAUUAGGAGGAGUUAGAAGCUGUUGCGAGUCAAGCAGGGAGAGAAAGAACAAGACAAGACAGAAAACAGAGAGACAGUGUUAGAGAAGGAUGGCUAACUCAGGUCUACAGUUGUUGGGUUACUUUCUGGCGUUGGGCGGCUGGAUUGGCAUCAUCUCCACAACUGCCUUGCCCCAGUGGAAGCAGUCGUCGUACGCGGGCGAUGCCAUCAUCACGGCUGUGGGUCUGUACGAGGGGCUGUGGAUGAGCUGUGCCUCACAGAGUACGGGACAGGUGCAGUGCAAGAUCUUUGACUCCAUGCUCUCGCUGGACAUCCACAUCCAGACAUGCCGGGCCCUUAUGGUGGUGUCAGUACUGCUGGGCUUUAUUGGGAUCAUUGUCAGCGUGGUGGGCAUGAAGUGUACCAAGGUGGGAGAUAACAACCCAGCCACCAAGACCCGCAUCGCUAUGACUGGAGGAGCACUCUUUCUGCUUGCAGGUUUAUGCACACUGGUUUCUGUGUCCUGGUAUGCCACUCAGGUGUCCUAUCAGUUCUUUAACCCAAAUACACCACCCAAUGCCAGGUAUGAGUUUGGCUCAGCCUUGUUUGUCGGAUGGGCAGCAGCCAGUCUGACUGUUCUGGGUGGCUCUUUGCUGUGCUGCUCCUGCUCCAAAGAAGAUAUGCGAGGACAGCAAUAUUACCGCCAAUCACAGCCUUCCACAGCAAGGGAGGCAGAGUUGUUGAGUGAAACUAGUUUCCCUGACUGAUCAGCCCCCGCCUUUUUAUCGAGGACUUUCCGACUGUCCCACCACUGUCUCCCCAUCCCCCCUUCAUUUCCUGUUACCUCUUUACCUCCCAAUUUGGACCUCUUGUAGAUGAUUUCCUUUUUCUCAAUAAUACAUCUGCACCUUAUCACUUUUAAUGGGAACCAAGGUGUACUGUCUUCUUCCGACCCCCUCUCCGUCUCUGAGCCGUCUCUGUAAAUAUGGACUCAUGUGGUCAGACGUUUUCUUUAAGAAAUAAGAUAUCAACCCUCUGCUACACCUCCUGUUCCCCCUUCUGUCCAAAUAUUGGUGCAAAGUUAACAAUAAACUGAAACAUACUGUUGUGCUGAUUCGUAGUUUCACUUAUAGCCUAUGACCUCUGGGUGUUUUUGUAAAUGUGAGGUUUUUUUCUUGUCGCUGUGACUGUACUUUGACUGAAACGUGUCUUUUUUCCCUUUUGAAUUGCAGACCAAAUGUUAAAAGUACCCCACCAGAGAAAAGGGAGCAGUACUUGUAGUUUGGGAGAGUCUUCUGGCCCUACCAUGGUUUAAAUUCUGUCAACAGACAAAACCCUUUCACUGAGAAAUUCAAAACAGACAAGAAUGAAUUUAUGAACAGCAAACACUCAAGCAUAUUGCAACAACAUAUAUUAAUCUUUGUUGAGAUUAAUGAAAUUGUUUGGGGAAAUGUUUUAUGAAUUAGAUGUACUUAGGGGGUUUGACAUCCUCAUCUGUGUUGUUGACUUUGGGAGAGACAGUCAUUCAGGGUAUGUUUUCUAUAACAUGUUAAAAAACCCAGGUGUAUAUACCACCAACUUUACUCCUUUUUUUUUUUUUUUACUACAUAUAAUGUUUUACUACAGUGCCUUAUAACACAUGUUUGCACACAUGUAUGUGAAUUCUCUGUUUUCCAUCCCAUCUGAGGGAUGUGUGUCCACAGUUACUCUGCAAGGACUUGUGUUUCCCUUUGUUUCUAUUGUUGGAGUUCCAAAAACGAAUGUGAAGCUACUCUACAGUACCACUUAUGAACAAAAAGGACAAAUACAUGAUAGAUCUGCCACGUGUUGCCUUAUGCCACUGUAAACUCUGUGCCUGUUUCCAAGUAGUCUGGACUGAGGAUAUACCAAGUGCAUCCAUUGUGUAUCGUCAGGUGCCAAUAUGAUUUUGUGUGAAUGGAAGAGUCGUCGUAUUAUUGACUCUUAAGGACGUACUGUAUUGUGUGCUGUCUCCUGUACUAAGGAAUGCCAGUUUGCUGAGAGUUAAAAUGCCUGCAUUUAUUUACCAUGCCUUUCUUUUUCUCUAAUAUUUACCUCCUUCAUGUCGUGUAUCAUCUCAUUUACCUGUAUACCUGUCUGUUUCCUUUAGAAUGAAGUAAACAGAGAUGGAAAAAUG